AUGGUAGAGACGAGGUUAAUGAAACUUCCCUUGUACCACACGCCAACCGGUCAAUGCCGGAUUCUCCUCCUAGUUAUUAGCUUUCUUGUAGUACAAGGAUUCAAUCUGAGUACCAGUAGUAACGCACGUUGGGACAAAAGGGGUCACAUGACCACUUGGGAUGCUGGAAAUCAGGCAGUGGACUCCACCGACGACCUCUUGUGUGCAAGGUGCUUGAUGAAAGUCCCUUGUGGACUUGCUUUGCGCUGCUCUCUAAACUUCUACCAGACGCAUCUGCUCUGCUCUAGCAGCACCAUGACUUGA